CAACCCGACCAGCAGUUCAUUGUGUGGUGGGACUCGCGAGGGAGCGGAUCUACCUUCCUCCUUACAAGCACUCCACUUUCACUGCUCCUCUCGUUGUCUUCUGCCGCUGAGAGACAAACGAAUCGAGCGAGGGAAGACGGAAGAAGACUUUAAGAGUGCAAAGAGGAGAGGAGAAAGAACAGGACAUACGAAGUUAGCGAGGAAACGAAGAUAUAGAGUGAAACGAAGAGGGAAGUAAAAACAAGACAUAGAGUGCAAAGAAGACAUUAGUGGAGGCGAGGAAGAAGGAGAGUCAACAAGUAGGAAAAGAACCGCAAAAGAAAAAAGAAAGAGAGAUAGAAAAAUACGAAACAAGGAGAAAAAACGAAGAUUGCCACCAGAGAGAGAGAGAGAGAGAGAGAGAGAGAGAGAGAGAGAGAGAGAGAGAGAGUGAGUGAGUUCAACGCGGUGGAGAGUUAAAAGAAGAUAAGAAAAGGAAGUGAUUGAAGCCGGCUGGUCCACCCUUCGCCCUGUUCUUUAUCCUCAUCCUUCCCGCUGAGAGAGAGAGAGAGAGAGAGAGAGAGAGAGAGAGAGAGAGAGAGAGUAAAGGAAGGAAUACAAGCAAAGUGAGAAUACAACAGAAAUUUAAUUGAAGACUCGUCGCUUGGUGAAAAAAAAAGUUAAGAAAAAAGAAAAAAGUAGAAAAAACACACAAUAGAAGAAAGAGACAAAUGAAAACGGAGUGAAAAGCAAAAAAAAUAAAAGAAUAAAACAAUAGAUGGAACAAAGGAACGGAAAAGACUAACAAAAGGCUAUUAAGAAACGAGAGAGAGAGAGAGAGAGAGAGAGAGAGAGAGAGAGAGAGAGAGAGAGAGAGAGAGAGAGAGAGAGUCAGUCAAUCAGUCAGUCAAUCAAAUCAGUCAACUACCCAGGAAAAACAACCGUAAACACCCUCAAGCCAUCCACUUCCUAACCUUCACCAUGACAAGCACAGAGUCACCAAUGGAGGCAGCCCAGGGAAUGCCACCAACUAUCUCCCUUUCCCCUUCGCUAAUACCAAGAUUCGAAAGAAGCGCUGUAAUUCGUCUAGCCGUGUGUACCAUCACCCUAUGGCUCGGUGUACUACUGCUGGCGUUACUGGUGGUGGUGGGCGUUUACACCUCGCAAGCCAACCAGCUCCUAGUGGUGUCCUGCGUCUCCGUCAUCUCUAUCGCCCUGGUGGUGGCCUCCUGCAAGCUGAACUCUGUCGCCGGAAUUCACAAGAUGGUGGAGGAGGACAUGGCUGCCAAAUCUGACCCGCCACCCAACUACGAGGACGUGCUGCACUCCGAAGCCCCGCCGCCGUCUUACUACACCGUGGUGAGCGAGGCCGCGGGCGGCGGAGCCUCCAACACCACGCCCACCGCCACCCGAAGCAAGCUGGAGGCUCAGCCAGCCAAGGUGUUGGCAACGCCGGGACCAAGGAGGAGCCCGGCCUUCAGAAGGUGGCUUGGCAGGCCCGGCAUCCUGCAGACUCUGGUCAGCCCUUCAAUGUUCCGAGCACCCAGGGGAGCCUCGCCUCCGACCCCCCCUCAGUCAGUGAAGAGCAAGAGGAGCCUCGCCCUCCGCAGGUCCUCCAGCACGCCCUCCCUCGCCGGACUGGAUAUUCACCCCUCCAUGGCCCGCUCGCCCAGCAGCCCGUCCCUCUGUGACGGCUUUGGUUGGUUCUAGCACGGGCGGGGAAUGAGGGACACGCCUGCCCAUUAACCUGUCAUCGACACCACUUGGGCAUCACCGCGGCGCAGCAAAGGUGGACACGCGCUCCUGAGCACGCCAGAGUGCGCUGUGCUAUGCAGCGCCAACACAAUGAACGACGCGGCCGAGGAGAAUACACUGGUGCAGCAGAGCGGGGCCGUUGUCGACUUGUCGUGCCUCCACGCUGCGUCGGGGGCAGGAAAGGAUAGUAGGGAUGACAAGGGCAUCAUGUGUGGCACGGGCGACGCAAAACGACUAGUGUUACGUAACGGCCUGUGCAUUACGGGGGGCAUUAGGCAUCACGCUCAAGAGGCCGACCUCGUACCGUGUCAUGUGUGUAUACUGAGCACUGCUGGGUGUUUUGCCUUCCUGUGAGUCUCAAGUGUGCUGUGACUGAGGUGUGAAAAAAUACUGGACCACCCCCACUGGGUCCUCCAUUUGUGAUUCUAAGAAAAGACAAUGUAAUUCGGCACAUUUGACAAUUCUCCACGGGCGCCACGCGUCAUUGAGGUGCACAAAUGCGGCAGCAGUCUCGCGCAGCUCACUGAUCUAGUCUGUUACGGACAGCCUCUCACGGGAAGCGUUCCUCUCUGUGAAGAUUCACCGGACACGUUUAGGCUACGUCAAGGAUCUUUAGGAUGCAGCAAUGAGGAAUAACGUAUUGUUACAUUGCAGUUCUAUAUAAAGUUUUCUCUUAUUAUAUUAUGCUUUAUAUGAAAUAUUUAAUCUCGUGACAUGUGUGUGUGUGUGUGUGUGUGUGUGUGUGUGUGCGCGCGCGUAACCUUGAAUAUUCUUCCUCAAGGAAUACAGUAUGAAUGCACAGCCUAGAUAUCGUAUAGUCCAUCAUUAUUUUUAUACUCUUUUUACUCUGAGCGGCCAAAGCUCAGCCUGUUGGAUCAACCCAUCAUGUCCUCGCACACUGAGGGCACAACACACUUCGUAAUUUACACCCACAUAAUUUAAGCCAAAGCGCAUCAUCUAUAUUUUAACAAAAUGGCCAGUAUGUCACUUUUGUAAGGAAUAAAAGUAUUCAUUGACAA